AUGUCGCCUCGGAGACCUGCAUUUGAUGACCUACCUUUGCGCAAAGAUGGACCUCCAGGGAAUGCUUGGGGGAUGUUUGGAGACCAAGAUCAAAUGGGCAUGCUCAAUCUACUGACGCCGGAGAACACUGCUGCGGCUGCUCGCGAGAUUGUUGAUGGCGUACGUGUCUCAACAGAUUGGGCUCUUAAUAGCAUGGCGACCCCCUGCUUUGGACGCUCUGCUUUUGAGCAUAUUGUCAAGAACAAGGCUCCCCGGAUUGUCAACGAUGAUAUCUUGAUCUUCAACACACAGAGCAGCAGCCAAUGGGAUGGCUUCAGACACUAUGGAUCAAAGCAAGGAACUUACUUCAAUGGGUGUACCCAGGACGACAUCCAGAAUUCCACUCGAAAUGGCAUUCACGUAUGGGUCGAAAACGGCGGUAUUGUUGGACGGGGUGUUCUCUUGGACUAUGCGGGCUGGGCAGCGGCGAACGGGAAAGAAGUGAAAUGCUUUGAAACCCAGUCAAUCCCGGCAUCUGUACUCCAAGAGGUAGCCACUAGUCAGAAUACCACAUUCCGACCGGGGGAUAUCUUGUUUAUUCGCACGGGUUGGACUCGAGCCUACGAACAGCUCUCACAGGCGCAAUGUCAGCAACUGGCCGAUUAUGCAGCACCUCCAGUGAUUGGGGUAGAAUCGUCCGAGGCCAUGCUGCGCUGGAUUUGGGAUCGUGAACUGGCUGCCGUGGUGGGAGAUAUGCCGAGCUUUGAAGCAUAUCCAUGCCAGAAUCAGGCCUUUUUCCUCCAUGAGUGGUUGCUGGCCGGCUGGGGCGUCCCAAUCGGGGAGUUAUUCGAUCUCGAGCAGCUCAGCCAGGAGUGUCGUAAGAGAAGCCGCUGGACCUUCUUCUUUAGUAGCGUGCCAUUGAAGGUUCCUGCUACUAUCGUCAACUACAAGCACAAGCUCCUGCGUCGCGAGGUAGAAGGUAGCCAUUCAACGCCGUCAAGUGAGCCAUCGAUAUCCAAUCGCUACUCUCAUGCGGGGCCACCAGAACGUGAUGACUGGUGGUACAAAGGGACAGACAAUCUGUUCUUGAAUCGGUCAGGAGAACAUCAUUUUGUGGGUGCCUCGUCCACCACACAUCUCGCGAAACGGCUUAACCCAGGCUCAGCAAACCUUGCAUGGGAUGUGCGCCCACUUUACGAUGAUCCUUCAUCGCUGAGAAGACCAGUUGGCGGCUCAUUGCCUCAAUUACCACCUUUCGAGUUUGCCAAGCGACUAUUCUGGGUACAAUACGCUUACAUCGGUACCAUCUUCUCCCUUAUCAAACCCCUGGAGUUCGAAGCACGGCUCGAUCUAGUCUACCACCAACCGCUUGACUUUUCACACCGUGAAUCUUGCCUAGUAUACUGUCAGACACUGUUAGUUAUUUCCUUUGGUUUGAUGUACAGUGUGAAUCAGUGGAUUGGCGAGGAAGGCCCUCCUGGCUUCAAGUAUUUUAAGCAUGCGUUACGUUUCUUGCCAGAUAUUCAUGAAGAGGGUUCGAUUCUCUUUGUCGAGGUGCUAUGCUAUGUGGCAUACUAUAUGCAGAAUCUGAACAGGCGGGACGCUGCCUUCCUCUACAUCGGACUUGCUCUGCGCAUGGCUAUCUCCCUGGGGCUACAUCAAGAGGUGUCUGAUCCCUCAAUAAGUGAAUCAGACCGCAACCGUAGACGUCGGGCUUGGUGGUCUGUCUACAGCUUGGACCGGUUACUGUCGGUCAAGUCUGGUAAUCCUAUUACAAUCCACGAUGAAGAUAUUGGAAUAACUUGGCCUACAGAUGUGGGUGGAUCAACCUUCGAUGUAUGGCCAUCAACCGUUCUUACCCAUUAUACACAGCUAUCCCGUAUAUUAGGACGGAUCGGGGAAGAAAUCUACAGAAAGAAACCUGGAUCCGGUUCGAACCUCGUUGCUUCUGUCCAGAGUAUAACAAAUGACCUUUCUGCCUGGCUGCGACAAGUACCAGACCGGCUCCGCAUUGACUUCACUACACUCGAUACCCAUAUAAAUCGAGAGUCUGUCUCAAUCAACUUGCACUUCUACUCAUGUGUGAACAUGACUGCGCGGCCAUUAGUCUUCUAUGUCAUCCAAAGGCGACUCGACGCGGAAGCCCUCGGGUCCACAACGGAGGAUUGGAAGGACGGGCUGGCUCCUAAUACCGUCGCCGUCAUCGACAGUUGUAUCACGGCAGCGAGAGCAACCACUAUGAUCAUGGAUGCUGCAGCAAAACAUAAUCUCGUUGCUACAUAUGGAUACCUCGAUGGCGAAUAUAUCUUCUCCGCUGCACUGCUGCUGGUCAUGGUAAACGCCGCGUUUCCGCCUAAUGAAACCAGCGCCCGGGCCAUGGAGACCGCACUGAACCUUCUCCGCGGCAUGGCAGAUCGUGGAAAUACAUAUUUGGACUCGCGUCACUCAUUGCUGUUGGAAUUGUGGGCAGCCAUUGGACCUAGACGUGCCGAUGAAAAGGAUACCGAUGCGGCAAGUUCUCUUGCUGCAGGUCAAAAGGGCCCUGUGACCCCGAUGAGCGAAAAAGCUGCAAAUCCAUCCGCAAAUCCAUCAGACGAUGUUCGGGCAGAUCCGAGCGCGGAGUCAGCAGCUUCACAAGUGCCCGCUUAUAACUGGCCACAACAGCCAGAUAUCCCUUCUUUCCGGGACAUUGCCUUCCAGUUCGAUCUAAACGAUGAUCCAGCACUCUGGGAAGGGGCUUUGGACCAAAUCGACAUUGACAUGGAUACUGACUGGAUUGAGAAUACUUUAAAGCGAUAA